UGGAGGGGCAGGUGGUACAGUGAGCGAGAGACUCGUAAUUUAUUAAUUCUAAGUUCUGACAAGCCAAUAAUGGAACGAAAAGAGAGAAAAAGUGUGAAAAAAUGGAAAAGACUUUUGCUCUGAUUACCAUUUUUCUUGCUUUUGCUUUCUCCGGGAAAUGCAGCGACGUUUUCAGCAGAUGUGAUUUUCCUGAGGGAUUCGUCUUUGGAUCUUCCACUUCUGCUUAUCAGGUUUGGAAUCAAUUUAUUAUCUUGAAUCUUCGAACAGAACUGAAACAAAGGUUUUAAUAUCUGAAAGUGGGAAGGAGCUGUUGCGGAAGACGGAAGGAAACCUAGUGUCUGGGACAGAUUUUGUCACUCACAUAAUAACCAAGGUAACGGAGAUAUAACAUGUGAUGGGUAUCACAAAUACAAGGAAGAUGUGAAGUUGAUGGUGGACACUAACUUAGAUGCUUUCAGAUUCUCCAUCUCUUGGUCUAGGCUAAUACCUAAUAGAAGAGGCCCUGUUAACCAAAAGGGUCUUCAGUUCUACAAGAAUCUUAUCCAAGAAUUAGUAAACCAUGGAAUUGAACCAUAUGUUACACUGCACCACUUUGAUCAUCCUCAAUAUCUUGAGGACGAAUAUGAAGGAUGGCUCAACCACAUGAUCGUCGAAGACUUUACUGCUUAUGCAGAUGUUUGCUUCAGAGAGUUUGGAAACCAUGUCAAAUUCUGGACCACGAUCAACGAGGGCAAUAUAUUCUCUAUUGGAGGUUACAACGAUGGGGAUUCACCGCCUGGUCGUUGUUCCAUACCAGGCCAAAACUGCUUAUUAGGGAACUCUUCCACUGAACCAUAUAUUGUAGGCCAUAAUUUGUUGCUUGCGCACGCCUCUGUUUCAAGACUAUAUAAGCAAAAUUACAAGGAUAAGCAGGGAGGUUCCAUAGGCUUUAGCAUAUUGACGAUAGGGUUUAGUCCUUCCACAAGCUCCAAAGAUGAUGCCAUUGCAACUCAAAGAGCCAACGAUUUCUUCAACGGCUGGAUGCUUGGGCCUCUUAUAUAUGGAGACUAUCCGGAUACAAUGAAAAGAAUCGUCGGAUCAAGAAUGCCCGUUUUCUCGGAGGAAGAAUCAGAACAAGUGAAAGGCUCAUCUGACUAUAUAGGAAUCAAUCACUAUCUUGCAGCUUCUAUCACAAACAGCAAACUGAAACCUUCUAUUUCAGGAAACCCUGAUUUCUACUCAGACAUGAACGUAAUUUUGAGUUUCUUUGCGAAUUUUUCAUCUUCUGAGUAUGAUGUUGCUCCAUGGGCUAUAGAAGCUGUCUUGUAGUAUGUAAAGCAGAGCUAUGGCAAUCCUCCUGUCUACGUUCUUGAGAAUGGUCGACCGAUAAAUCGAGAUUCGCAGUUGAAAGAAAAGGACACACCAAGGAUUGAGUUCUUACAAGCUUACAUUGGUGGUGUGCUGAAAUCCAUUAGGAAUGGAUCAGAUACGAGAGGCUACUUUGUAUGGUCACUUAUGGAUUUAUACGAGAUUAAGGGGGGAUACGAUGUUGGUUAUGGAUUGUACUCUGUCAAUUUCAGUGAUCCUCAUCGCAAAAGAUCUCCCAAACUCUCUGCUCAUUGGUAUUCUGAUUUUCUCAAGGGCAAAACCGCUUUUCUUGGUUCUCAAGGCAUCACGGAAUUGCAGAGCAACCUCUCUCCUUACUCCUAGUAAUGAAUUGCAAUAAUAUAUUCUGAUGAAUCCGUUGUCAUAAUGAGAA